AAGACUAUCACCUUAUGUAUGCUGCCACACUCAUUCCACAUCCUGCAGCCACUUGAUGUGGGGUGUUUUGCUCCUUUGAAGCGGGAGUAUAGCAAAGAGAUCCGAGCCUUGGCGACAGGCAAUAUUGGCCGAGUUGAUAAAAAAAAAGCAUUCAACGCGUCGUUUGCAAAGGUUUUUGAGACAGCUUUCUCAAAGACUGACAUUACUUCAAGCUUUAGAGCAGCUGGCCUAGUAUCUAACAACCAUUAG